UCAAAUUAAACUGAAAAUAUAAUAUUGAAAAAAAAAAAAAUUUAUAUUUGAUUUUAAAACCAAAGUUGAAGUUUUUAAAAAAAUUAUAAAAUUAAAUUUGAAUAUAAAACUAAUAAAAAAAUUAAAAUAUAAUCAAAAUGGAAAAAUUAAAUCAUAUGUCAAAAACUUAUCAAUACCGUAAAGUUAAAAAACCAAUGCUGGAACGUAAACGACGUGCUCGUAUCAAUAAAUGUUUGGAUGAAUUAAAGGAUUUAAUGAUUGAAUCGAUGCGACAACAAGGUGAAAAUAUUAAUCGUUUAGAAAAAGCUGAUAUUCUUGAAUUAACUGUUGAACAUCUAAAGAAAAUAAAAACAAUACAAGUAGAAAAGACUUCACCAAAAUAUACAUCAGUAAUAAAAUCAACAAAAUCAUCAUUAUUAUCACAUAUUGAUAGUUUUCGUGAAGGUUAUGUACAUGCAGCUAAUGAAGUAUCAAAAACUUUAUCAACAUUACCUAACAUUGAUAUAAAAUUGGGUACAAAGGUAAUGACUCAUUUGGGACAUCGUUUAUUAGAAAUUCAAGAUGAACAACAAAAAAGAGUAACUGUUAUUCAAUAUCAGCAUCAAAAUCGAAUGCAACAAAUCAAUUCUUUAACUGUAUUACCAAUAAAUUCUACACAAAUAGAUAGUUAUCGUAGUAAUAUGUCAAGUCCAGCCGCAUCAUCUGGUUAUGGUAGUGAUACGGAAUAUUAUUAUUCAUCAAAAUCAAUCACUUCUGUUGACAAACAACAACAACAAAUUGUUUCAGUUGAACAAAAUGUAUGGCGGCCAUGGUAAAUUUUUCCCAAAUUUAAAAAUGGGAUAAGAAUUUAAAUAAUUUCCUAUAUUAAUGGUACCUUGGCAAUUGGCUGUGAAAUAUUUUGCAUAUCUGUGAUAACAUAAUUGUUUUUCAA